GCUGAUAGAGACCUUCUUUGCCGCAGUCUGCUCUCCACUCAGCUUGUGGGCCUGCAGUAUGCUUGGCGUAGCUUUAGGUUUAGAAAGGCCAGUUUGUGGGCUUAACCUCCAGCAAAGACAGGUGCCUGGCUAGCAGCUCUGUGGCACUUAUCAGGUUGUGGAUUUAUGAAGGGAGGGUGACGGGCCAGGAGAAAAAAAGGUAGCUGAAUAAUCAAGGAGGGUCUCUCCAAGGAGAUGAGAUGGGUAGGGCCUGGAGUGCCAUGAAGGAGCGGUGACAGGACCUGGGUGACCUGCGGACCCAGGAGGAUUGGGUGUGAUUCCCACUUGAUGGUGGCGAGACCCUUGAACCUGCAUGGACUCCCCUAAUUGGAAGUGUGGAAGCCAGACUAUACUCUGUCUAUAGCACCUCCUGCAUGUCCGGCUGUUCUGAGCUGUCUCAAGGUAGGUGACAGUGUGUCACACUGCCACCAUGAAUGAGGUGUCUGUCAUCAAAGAAGGCUGGCUCCACAAGCGCGGGGAAUAUAUCAAGACGUGGAGGCCCCGGUACUUCCUGCUGAAGAGUGAUGGCUCCUUCAUUGGGUAUAAGGAGAGACCUGAGGCUCCUGACCAGACUUUACCUCCCUUAAACAACUUUUCUGUAGCAGAAUGCCAGCUGAUGAAGACCGAGAGGCCACGGCCUAACACCUUUGUCAUACGCUGCCUGCAGUGGACCACGGUCAUUGAGAGGACCUUCCAUGUAGACUCUCCAGAUGAGAGGGAGGAGUGGAUGCGGGCCAUCCAGAUGGUCGCCAACAGCCUCAAGCAGCGAGUCCCUGGUGAGGAUCCCAUGGACUACAAAUGUGGCUCCCCAAGUGACUCUUCCACGGCUGAGGAGAUGGAAGUGGCAGUCAGCAAGGCACGGGCCAAAGUGACCAUGAAUGACUUUGAUUAUCUCAAACUCCUCGGCAAGGGCACCUUUGGCAAAGUCAUCCUAGUGCGAGAAAAGGCCACUGGCCGCUACUAUGCCAUGAAGAUCCUGCGGAAGGAAGUCAUCAUUGCCAAGGAUGAAGUCGCCCACACAGUCACCGAGAGUCGAGUCCUCCAGAACACCAGGCACCCCUUCCUCACUGCACUGAAGUAUGCCUUCCAGACCCAUGACCGCCUGUGCUUCGUGAUGGAGUAUGCCAAUGGCGGGGAGCUCUUCUUCCACCUGUCCCGGGAACGAGUCUUCACGGAGGACCGGGCACGGUUUUAUGGUGCAGAGAUUGUCUCGGCUCUCGAGUACUUGCACUCACGGGACGUGGUGUACCGAGACAUCAAGCUGGAAAACCUCAUGCUGGACAAAGAUGGCCACAUCAAGAUUACUGACUUUGGCCUGUGCAAAGAGGGCAUCAGUGAUGGGGCCACCAUGAAAACCUUCUGUGGGACCCCGGAGUACCUGGCGCCUGAGGUACUGGAGGACAACGACUACGGCCGUGCAGUGGACUGGUGGGGACUGGGCGUGGUCAUGUAUGAGAUGAUGUGUGGUCGCCUGCCCUUCUACAACCAGGACCAUGAGCGCCUCUUCGAGCUUAUCCUCAUGGAGGAAAUCCGUUUCCCUCGCACACUUGGCCCUGAGGCCAAGUCCCUGCUGGCCGGGCUGCUGAAGAAGGACCCCAAGCAGAGGCUCGGUGGGGGGCCCAGUGACGCCAAGGAGGUCAUGGAGCACAGGUUCUUCCUCAGCAUCAACUGGCAAGAUGUGGUACAAAAGAAGCUGCUGCCGCCCUUCAAACCUCAGGUCACUUCUGAGGUUGACACGAGGUACUUUGAUGAUGAGUUCACUGCCCAGUCCAUCACAAUCACACCCCCGGACCGCUAUGACAGCCUGGGCUCGCUGGAGCUGGACCAGCGGACGCACUUCCCCCAGUUCUCUUAUUCGGCCAGCAUCCGUGAGUGAGCAGCCUUCCAUCACCACAGGACACACCCACGGUCGCCGUCCACCGCCUGGGUGGCUUUUUAAAAAAAACUUUUUAUUUUGCCUUUUUGGGUUUGUGUUCCCAUCCCUUACCCCCUCCCAUUUUCCAGUCUCUCCUUCAGUCCUUGCCUGUUCCCCUAGUGCGCUCUCACAGCCUUCACCACCAGCCUCCCCUUUGUGUCCGGACCAGUGUUGGAGGACUGUCCACCUCCCGCCCCAGGAUGGGCUACUGGGAGGAUGGAGAGAUUCAGGUUUUUAAUCAACACCAGCCCCAGUGGGGGCAAAACGUGGAGCUGUGGGGCUGGCUUGGAUUUCAGGCUGAGCACCCAUGGGCGGCUGCCUACGCUGCUGCUUCUGGAUGGAGGCUGCUUCCGGACGGCCCCAGGAGACAGUGUCCAUGGCCUUCCGCUUCCUAUCGCCUGGCUCAAGGGCCUCAGUUCACCAGUGCCACCCCACUGGGGGCAAAAAAAGCAAUAAUGUCCAGGGACAGGCAGGGGGCCUUUGGAAGCUAUGGGCAUCUCUGGUACGCACUGGGAUGGGGGAGCCUCUGAAAACAGGGUCUCAGGCCCCCUCACUCCCUCCUGGUCUCCAGGGCCCACGUUCCGAAGCCUUAAGGUGAACAUGAGCGAGAGUCUAUAUCUGUGCUGUGGGCACAUGUGUAUGUGCCGUGGACUGAGUCGUGGGCAUCCCUGCUUCUGGGAUGCAGACACACAUGGCUGUGUGUGCACGUGUGUGAGGGCAGCGUGUCCAAGCCCUCGAGUGUGUGUGGUGUGUGUGGGCUCGGGCCCCACCUUGGCCCGGGUGCUUCAUCCUGUUGGGGGGGAGUGGGCGCCUGGACCCACUUGCUGCCCUGCCCCCUCCCCCUCUCCUCAAUGUCUUGGGGUGUUUGGAAUUUAGUUUUUGUGAUUUUGAUCUCCCUGUCCCACCUCCCCAGUUCUCAGAAAGGCAUGUGGGGGGUAGGGGUGGUUUGGGUCUGGGGGCUCCUUUUUCCUUUCUGUGUGUGUAUGUGGUUUAUCUGACAACUCUUUCCACUCCCCACCGGCCUUAUUCCCUGUAUUUGUUCGGUACAAGCAAUAAAGACACUCAUUUGAGAACAGGGCCAGCCUGCACUUACGCCAGCCCCUGCCUGGCCUUGCCAUGGUUCUGGAGUCCACCGGGGGCACCAGCACCGUCCAGCCUCUCCCUUGUUCUGUUCUGAGGGCCCUGCUGAGCCAAGGGGAGGGAGCAGGGGAGGUGGGCAGGCAGGGUCUGGGCCCAGGCUGAAGAGUGCGAGGUUGUGAGGUGGAAACUGCUGGGAGUUCAGGAAGGUUCCUCAGGCCUAGGCCAGAGACCAUUCCAGGGUCACAGAUGCUGCUCAGGCUGGAGGAGCCAGGUGGAGGGGCAGGCGGGUUGGGUGGCCCCUAAUGAGGGUGUGUGUGGUGGUGAGGCCCUGGAGCUGAGCGAGAGGGCAUGGCUCUUCUCACGUGGCCAUUGAGCCCUAGAAUGAGACUUUACUGCCGCAGCCCCCUCUACACCAGAGCCUUGAGGUCCCCGAAUCUGUGGUGUGUUGAUGGUAUUUGUGGUUGCCAUCAGCCAGGAGCACUUGAGCCUUUGGUUAUGGCUGCUCCCAGCUGUGGGUCUGACCACCAUGCCCCUUUAGCUGGAGGUUGGGACUGCCAUCCUCAUGUCCCCAUGUCCCCAUCUCCCCAUCUCCCCAUCUCUCCAUCUCCCCAUCUCCUUGCCUGGGUCACGGAGCCGAGCCAUCUGGCCGCAGUGGGUUCAUGCUCUCCCAGGCCCAGAGAUCAUAUCAGGAAGAGAGCCUGGCAGAGUUGAAUCCUUUGCAGGUCUUGCCGGGCGUGAGGGCUUCACAGGCCCAGGGUUGGAAGUUUUAAGUGUGAGAGUCGAGGGAAAGUUGAGUCCAAUUCAUGGAAUCUGCAACAUCCACAGUGAAGGCUCUUGUGCUGCGGGUGGUGGCUGCUUUUCUAACUUUUUACGGACCUUAUUGUCUUUAUUUACUAAUGGGUGCUGUAUGCAGGGAUUCACAGAGGCCUGUAAAGAAAAGCUGUUUGCUCUUCCCUCUGGUCCCAGCCCAAGGGACCAGAGGGAUAUGGACAGUUUGCUCUCCCAUCACAGUGUGGCUCACUGAGAUCUCCCGGUGUGGGUACAUUCCUGUCUACCUCGUGCUUUUAGUCUCUCAAGCUGCAUGGGCAGGUCACUGCUUCUCUUAGUGGGACAUGUAUCCUUAGAUGUACUGGUGCUUCUUAGUUUGAGGUGAAGAGUUUUAAUAAAUUCAACCAAUUAAAAUUUA